AUAUGAUCUUGUGUCUCCAAAAUAAAACCAACAGUACAUGUAUUAAAAGCGAUUAUUCAACACCCGAUCAGGAAAUUGGAACAUACAUCUCGCGCUGCAUUCUUGCACUAAUAAUCUUCACACUGCAUACCAUCAAAAUUUUAACUGUCUCGAGGACAAGAAGAUUACAAACUAUUUCAAACUUUUUUAAAUGUGGAUUAUCUGUUGGAGGUAUUGUGCUUGCCCUGUCGAUCAUUUUACAUGCCGUUUUAGAAAUGACGCAUACAUUGAGUGAACCAAGAACAUGUAAUAUAGUUCUGUUAUGUUUGACCACAGCAGCUGGUGUAAUGGGAUCCACUGUUCUACUAAUCUAUGUUGAGGUGUAUCUUGUGACACGUAAAGUAAUGAACCAUGACACUUUCUCAAAGAAAUGUGCAAUUGGAUUGCUAGGGGUAACAUGGUUGCUAUGGAUACUACUUGGAUUGCUUCUUGGAGUGGCAGUGCCAAUACCAGACUCUUUAAAGUUCAGGGACAUUGUCUGUCAGUUGAACAAUGGUCAAGUUCCAAAGGUAUAUCUCAUGUGUCUUUGUAUACUCAUCAUUGUGCAUAUUCUUGUUUUGGUUAUUCUACAGGUUGCUGUGCUUUUACAUAUCAAAGCACAUGCAAGGAGAUUCAAAAUAAAGGCUCAAACUAGUAGAUUUCUAUCAUUGGCUAGAACAAACAACAAAAUUGCCACAACGUCAAAUGUUCCAUUUAAAUCACUGACUGGUCCAAAUGUGGAAGUUACCACAAUGGGCCUACCAAAUGGAGAGUCUAAAGCACUGGCUGGACAAAAUGGGGAAGUUGCCACGAAUAUGAAAGCUAACUCAUUGACCGGGCCAAAUGUGGAAGUUACCACAUUGGGCCUGUCAAAUUUAGAAGCUCGAUCACUCACUAGACCAAAUGUGGAAGUUACCACAAUGGGCUUACCAAAUGGAGAGUCUAAAUCAUUGGCUGAACAAAAUGGGGAAGUUACCACGAAUGUGGAAGCUAACUCAUUGACCGGGCCAAAUGUGGUAGUUACCACACUUGGCCUGUCAAAUUUAGAAGCUCAAUCACUUACUGGACAAAAUGAGGAAGUUACCCAAAAUGUGGAAGCUAACUCAUUGACGAGACCAAAUGUGGAAGUUACCAAAAUGAGUCUGUCAAAUGUAGAAGCUAAGUCACUUGGACUAAAUGAGGAAGUUGCGACACUUGGCAUGUCAAAUGCAGAAGCUAACUCAUUGGCGAGACCCAAUGUGGAUAUUAGCACACUGGGAAUGUCAAAUAUAAAAGCUAACUCACUGACUGGACCAAAUGUGGAAGUUACCACAUUGAGCAUGUCAAAUAUACAAGCUAACUUAUUGGCGAGACCAAAUGUGGAAGUUACCACAAAGGGUCUGCCAAAUGUAGAAACCAACUCAUUGACUGGACCAAAGGCGGAAAGUACCACUUUGGGCCUGUCAAAUGCAGAAGCUAACUUAUUGGCGAGACCCAAUGUGGAUAUUAGCACACUGGGAAUGUCAAAUAUAAAAGCUAACUCACUGACUGGACCAAAUGUGGAUAUUACCACAUUGGGCCUGUCAAAUGCAGAAGCUAACUUAUUGGCUGUAUCAAAUGUAGAAGUUACCACAAAGGGUCUGCCAAAUGUAGAAACCAACUCAUUGACUGGACCAAAGGUGGAAAGUACCACAUUGGGCCUGUCAAAUGCAGAAGGUAACUCACUGGUUCGUAAAAAUGUCAAAAUUAACUCAUUGACUCUGGCUAAGGUGGUAAGCAACCCAAAUCAAUCAAAUAUAAGAAUCUAUAGAAAGUGGAUGCUUCGCAAAGCUAAGCUUGUACGUCAGAUGAGUGCAAUACUUGUCUCAUUCUUGAUAUGUUACAUUCCCUUUUUGGUAAUUACACUCCUUAAUAUCACAGAUCAUAUUCAAGACCAGAAAAUCAACUUCAUAGCAGCAAGUAUGGUUCACGUAAAUACUAUCCUGAACUUUAUUGUUUUUGUAACUGUAAAUGAGCAGUUCAGAGUGGCUUUAAGAAAAAUGUUGCUUUGUAAGAAAUGUCUGUGUGUCAUUUGUAGUCAAUCCUAAGAAUAUACAUGAUGAGGGCUUUAUUCAAAGUUGUAACAGGAGACUUAAAAUCAACAAAAAUUUGAAAC